UAACGUCCAGUAGUUGGGAUUGUUGCGAGGGCUGCCGACUGGGCCUGGUAGUCGGCCCCAUGGGCAUGGGCUGCUCCUUCACGCGCUUCAAGCUAGGCCAGCCGUGGGAGAACAGUUUCGUGUCGUGCUGCAUCGACCGCUCGGCCGUGGAGCCGGCACUGCCGGCCGCCCGGCCCGUGCUGCCGGCCACCGCCGCCCACGGCCUCCAGUCAGACUCUGAGAACAUCUGUGACUUGUUCGUGGGCCAACUGUGCGCGCACAUCUGCGUCUCGGUGCCCGGCUCGUACCGCUGCGAGUGCCGGCCCGGCUAUCUGCUUGGUCCAGACGCCAAGUCCUGCACGCUGGACAGCGGAGCCACCAGGUGCCGGGACAGCAACCCGUGCGCUCAGCUCUGUUCCGCUUCCGACACUGGCACUGACGUGCAGUGCUCCUGCAGAAAGGGCUUUCAGCUGGCCCCCGACCAAGUGAACUGCCUCGAUGUGGACGAGUGUGUGGCCCGGCUGGACCAGUGCCAGCCCGGCCACAUGUGCUUCAACGAGCCCGGCUCCUACGGCUGCCUGGACCGCUCGUCGCGCGCCGUGUACAGGCCCGAUGGCGCCGCCGAGCAGCCCCACGACGACGACGACGGCGACGACGACGACGAGCAAGGGGACCUUGAGCUGCCGGCCCGGCCCGGGACUCCACAGUGCCCGGAUGGAUUCACGAUCAAUCCAGAAAACCAACUAUGCGAUGAUGUGGACGAGUGUCGGGACCCUGGCUCGUGCGGAGACAUGGCCUGCGAGAACUCGAUCGGCAGCUUCCAGUGCGUUCCACGCCGGAUGACCUGUCCUUCCGGCUUCGUCUUCAGCCCCGGCGUGCAGACUUGUGUCGACAUCGACGAGUGUCUGGAGGGCACGUCCAGCUGCCAGCCGGAGCGCCAGUUCUGUCUGAACACGCAGGGCGGCUUCACGUGCCAGGCGCGCCGCGGGCCGCGCGACUGUCCGGCCGGCUUCAAGUACGACACGUCCGCCGCCAGCUGCCUAGACGUGGACGAGUGUGAGGAGAAGAUAGACGGCUGCCAGCCGGAGACGGAGCGCUGCACAAACACGCUCGGUGGCUACGAGUGUGACGCACAGUGUCAGCCGGGCUUCGUGUUCAGCGCCACCAGCAGGGCGUGCACAGAUGUGGACGAGUGCGCCGAGGGCCUGGACAACUGCCCGCUGGGAGACGAGUGCAUCAACCAGAUGGGCAGCUUCAGGUGCCGGCCGCCAGCGCGCUGUCCGCCCGGCUACCGGCCCAGCCUCCUCUACGGCGUCGACUGCGAGGACAUCGACGAGUGCGCCGAGCGUCUGGACAACUGCACUCGCGACCAGGGCCAGCUGUGCCAGAACACCGACGGCGGAUUCAACUGUAUCGUCCGCUGCGAGCUCGGCUACCGCUUCUCCCCGGCCCGCGGAGGCUGCGCAGACAUUGAUGAGUGCGCCGAGGGUGUCGGCAACUGCACGGUGGCGACAACGUGCGUCAACACCGAAGGCAGCUACACGUGCCGACCCAACUGUCCCGUCGGUUACCGCGCCAGCCCCAGCGGCACCUGUAACGACAUUGACGAGUGCGCCGAGGGCACUGCCGACUGUGGCCGUGGUCAGGCCUGUCGGAAUCAGCCGGGCGCUUUUAGCUGCGUGACAAACACCACUUGUCCGGAAGGGUUCGAGUACUCGAAAGACGGCGCCGACUGUCGGGAUGUUGAUGAGUGCGUGGCGGGGACCGACGGUUGUGACCCGCGCUCGACAACCUGCUCCAACACUGAGGGCGGCUUCCUCUGCGUGCCGCUGCCGGCCAGCCGCUGCCAGCCUGGCUACAGGUUCAAUGACAUCCUACAGCAGUGUGCUGACAUCGACGAGUGCGAGGAGGGCACAGCCAACUGCCAGCCGGCGGCCGAGUACUGCGCCAACACGGCCGGUGGCUUCACGUGUCAGCGCCGACAGGAUGGCGUGCAGUGUGCCACCGGCUUCCGGCUCAACGCCACCUCCGGCGUCUGCGACGACAUUGACGAGUGCGCCGACGGCGUGCACUCGUGCCGGCGCCCGCUGCACUGCGUCAACAUCCGCGGCAGCUUCACGUGCACGCUGGCGGCCGCCGGGGACCGGUGCGCGGCCGGCAGCCGGCUGCUCGACGGACGCUGCGUCGACGUCGACGAGUGCCGCGAGGGCAGCCACCUCUGUGACCGGGCCACCGAGCGCUGCGUCAACGAGCGCGGCGGCUACCGGUGUGCGUCGGCGGCCGGCCCGGCGCCGGCCGCCGACUGCCCGCCGGGAUUCCGGCGGUCGGCGCCGCUGGGCCGCUGCGUCGACGUGGACGAGUGCACGGAGCGGCCGGACGUCUGCGGGCCGCACGGACGCUGUACCAACACCCGCGGACACUUUACCUGCCAGUGCCAGCUCGGCUUCAAGAGCGACACGCAGAGCACGCGCUGCGUAGAUGUGAACGAGUGCCAGCUGGACAUCCACAGCUGCGUGGACAACCAGCGGUGCGACAACACCAUCGGCUCCUUCUCGUGUAUCCGCACGGCCGGCUGUGGCACCGGCUACACGCUCAACUCGCAGCUGGGCAUCUGCGAGGACGAUGACGAGUGCGAGCUGGGACGAGACAACUGCGCUAGCCUCGGGCCUCAGUGGACCUGCAACAAUAUCGAGGGCUCCUUCCGGUGCGUCAAGAAGCGCUGCGGCUACGGCGAGCGGCUGACUGCUGACGGGAGCUGUGCUCCCAUCGACUGUCCACCGGGCUACAGGCCCGACCAGCGCGGCAAGUGCAAAGACAUUGACGAGUGUGAAAACGAGCCAUGCGGAGCCAACUUCCAGUGUGUCAACACGCCGGGCAGCUUCUCGUGCCAGUCGCGGCUGCAGUGUCAGCGCGGCUUCCGCGCCUCCGAGGACGGCGCCGUCUGCGUCGACAUUGACGAGUGCUCGGAGCCCCGCUCGCCGUGCGCCGCCGACCAGCUGUGCACCAACAAACCGGGCGGCUACGAGUGCUCGUGCCAGCCGGGCUACAUCGUCAACCGGUACAACCAGUGCGAGGAUGUGGACGAGUGCAGCACCUACGGAGACAAGGUGUGCGGCGGCAGCAGCCGGUGCGUCAACAUCCCCGGCUCGUACAUGUGCCGCUGCUCGGAAGGCUACAAACAGGGACAAAAUCCCAGGAUCUGUGUCGACAUGAACGAGUGCGAGGAGCGGCCCGGGAUCUGCCACCAGCAGUGUCACAACACGUGGGGCUCGUACCGGUGCGCCUGCGACAACGGCUACCGACUGCACUCGGACGGACGGAGCUGCGUCGACGUCGACGAGUGCGAGGAGGCGCGCGGGCUCAGCUACGGCAGCCUCUGCAUCGGCCUCUGCGUCAACGAGCCGGGCAGCUUCCGCUGCGAGUGCCCGGCCGGCUACGUGCUGGGACCGGAGGCGCGCCAGUGUCAGGACGUGAACGAGUGCUCGGCCGGCUCCGUGUGCGACUCGGACGAGGUGUGUCUCAACACGCGCGGCGGCUACCGCUGCAACCGCAUCGACUGUCCGCCCGACUACGAGCGUGACGACGCACACAGAAACCGCUGCAAGCGCAAGUCGCUCUUCUGUCGUGACGGUGAUCGCGCCUGCCAGCAGCGUCCGCUCAGCUUUUCCUACAACUUCCUGACGUUCGUCUCCAAGCUGCCGGUGCCGCGCUCGGGUCGCAUCGAUCUGUUCACCAUGCGCGGCCCGCUGUGGUCGCAGACGACCGUGCGCUUCGCGCUGCGGCUGGUGGAGGCGCGCGCGCCGGCCGGCGUGCAGCGCGCCGCCGAGCGCUUCUUCCAGCUGCGCCGGCUGCAGAGCAACCAGGCCGUGGUGUCGCUGGUGCGCUCCGUCGAGGGCCCGCAGGAGGUGGAGCUCGAGCUCACCAUGGACCUCUACCAGGGCAACCGGUUCAGCGGCAAGGCCGUCGCCAAGCUGUUCGUGUUCGUCACCAAGUACGAGUUUUAGGCGCGCGGCGUCAGCGGCCCAGUGGUCGCAGCAUGUGUGAAUGGGAGUAGUCGGACACGAGGCGGCGCCAGACGCCAGUAUUACGCACAUUAUCGAGCCGCUGUCCAUUUAUAGUGCAGUGUAUUUGUACGCUAUAAUAUCGCAUCGCUUCGGGUCAGUUAUCGAGCGGGGGGGGGGGGGGGGGUGAGCCGUCCCGGAAAUAUACUGACGUAUAAGUCACACAUGAAACGGUGCAUUGGACUCUACCGUAUGGCCUCUGCUGCGUGGCCUCUGCUGUAUGACCUCUGCUGCGUGGCCUCUGCUGUAUGACCUCUGCUCUGUCGUAUGAACGGGUGUCGGGCGCCCGACCCGUGCGCCGGUGCCACUGUUCUCUGCCCGGGGGCCGACAUCCCGGCGGCUCUGCUGACCUGUGACGUCUGAUAGCAAUAGCCUGAACAUCAGCGGAUCAACGCAGACUGUAACCCUGAGACCCAAAUUUGGCGCCAUUUUGAAAACGCAGAGCGCAUGAGUUCGUUGCGAGCCGCCGGUGCGGGCGGUCGGGGCGGGUGCUGAGCCGCCGGUGCGGGCGGUCGGGACCGGUGCUGAGCCGCUGGUGCGGGCGGUCGGGGCGGGUGCUGAGCCGCCGGUGCGGGCGGUCGGGGCGGGUGCUGAGCCGCCGGUGCGGGCGGCCACCCCGCGGAGUAGCAUCCAGCCGCGGCGAUAGCAGUCUAGUGUGCGUAGUGUAAGUGCGGCGGUAUGCUGUUGCGUGAACACUGAACAAUCCGAUGAGCAAUAAAUGUGACGCAAAAUCCAA